AUGUCCGACAGCCUCGACUCGCUGCCCUACGUCCCGCUCGAGGUGUACAAUGGCACCUCCAUGACCGGCGGUGACUCUCUCACCGAGAACCUCAAUCUCUACUACAAUGCCGGUGACAUUGCCUGGAUGAUCACUUCGACCGCCUUGGUCUUGCUCAUGAUUCCCGGCGUCGGUUUCUUCUACUCUGGUCUCGCCAGACGCAAGUCUGCACUUUCGCUUAUCUGGCUUUCGAUCGCGGCUACGGGCUUGAUCUCCUUCCAAUGGUUCUUCUGGGGCUAUACACUCGCCUUCUCUCACACUGCCGGCAAAUUCCUCGGCGACAUGGAAAACUUCGGCUUCCGAAACGUCCUCGGUGCACCUUCAGUCGGCUCCAGCAAAAUUCCCGAUCUUUUGUUCGCUGUGUAUCAGGGCAUGUUCGCGGCCAUCACGGUUGCCCUGGCCAUUGGCGCGGCGGCUGAGCGUGGUCGACUCGCUCCCGCAAUGGUCUUCUCUUUCGUCUGGUCCACCGUCGUCUACGACCCGAUUGCCUGCUGGACCUGGAACGGUGCCGGAUGGGUUUUCAAGAUGGGUGGUCUCGAUUUCGCCGGUGGCACUCCCGUCCACAUUUCAUCUGGUGCCGCUGCCCUCGCUUAUUCCCUGAUGCUGGGCAAGCGUCGUGGCCACGGAACCCACGAGCUCAACUACCGUCCUCACAACGUCACUCAAAUCGUCAUUGGAACUGUGUUCCUGUGGGUUGGAUGGUUCGGCUUCAACGCUGGCUCCGCCCUGUCCGCCAACCUCCGAGCCGUCAUGGCCGCGGUUGUCACCAAUCUUGCAGCCAGUGUCGGUGGUCUCACCUGGUGCAUUCUCGAUUAUCGCCUGGAACGCAAGUGGUCUACCGUUGGCUUCUGCAGCGGUGUCAUUGCCGGUUUGGUCGCCAUCACUCCUGGCAGUGGUUUCGUGCCUGCUUGGGCCUCGGUCAUCUUUGGCGUUGUCGGUGCAAUCGCAUGCAACUACGGCACCAAGCUCAAGUUCCUUCUCCACAUUGACGACGCCCUUGACAUCUUCGCCAUUCACGGCAUUGGCGGUCUGGUCGGAGAUCUCCUGACCGGUCUGUUUGCCGCCGACUACAUUGCCGCUCUCGACGGCUCGUCCGUGAUCGACGGCGGCUGGAUCAACCACCACUACAUCCAACUCGCCUACCAGCUGUGCGACGGCGUCACUGGUAUGGCAUACUCGUUCGUUCUCAGCUGCAUCAUCCUCUUUGUGAUCAACCUGAUCCCAGGCCUCCAUCUUCGUGCCUCGGAGCAGGAGGAGAUUAUGGGCAUGGACGAGAUCGAAGUCGGUGAAUUCGCCUACGACUACGUCGAGGUCGCCCGGGAUGUGGUCCACGGUGUCGAGCAUGCCACCGUGCCCACCCACAAGGACACCCCCAGCUCGGAUGACAUCCGCGAGGAGAAGCCCGCCGAGCCAGCGUCCACGACCGCGGCUCCUACCAGCCCAUAA